AUGGAGACAGAAGACCCCAGCGAGGCCCCCCGGCGCCUCCGCCAGGCCAGACUCUUGGGGGAGCUUUACAACUACAGGCUAAUAGACUCUUCCGUGUUGUUUGAUGUCUUAUACUCCCUUUUGGGGUUUGGCGGGGCUUCUUCAUUUCAAGCCGGAAACAUCCGCACUGCCCACAAGCUGCUGCUGCCUACCCCGCAGCAGCAGCAGCAGCAGCAGCAGCAGCAGCAGCGGCAGCAGCAGCAGCAGCAGCAGCAGCAGCAGCAGCUGCUGCUGCUGAACGUGUGCUCUUCGCCCCCCGAAGGGCCUUCGGACUUGACGCGUUUGAAAUGCAUUUUGGAGAUUUUGCGCAGCAGCGGAAAAUAUUUUAAAUCUGGAAAGUCGAAGCAAAAGUUGGACCGCUUUUUGGUUUUCUUCCAGCGCUACUUCCGCAAAAGGGCGGAGACCGCGCUGGUGGACGAACAAGAAGUCUUCGAAACCCUGCGGGAGCUGCGGCCCCACUUGAAGCUGCUGCCAACAGCAGCAGCAGCAGAUGCAGCAGCAGCAGCACUGCUGCAGGAAGAAGCAGCAAUUCUCCAAAGCAUUGGCGAGGGGCCCGAAGAAGAGCUGCUGGAUGAAAAAGCCAUUUACGGAGAAGAAGAAGGCAGCCAAGACGAAGCAGCAGAAGAGACAGAAAAGGAGACAGAAGAGGAGACAGCCCACAGCCUGCGGGCCCACGCGGACAGAGACAAAGAGGCAACAGACGAGGAAUUUGAGGCUCUUUUCUCUGAGGCAAUGGAAGAAGCAGCAGCAGAAGCGCGAGCAGCAAGGCAGCAGCAGCAGCAGCAGCAGCUGCGGCUGCCCUGGGCCAUCUUGAAGGACCUGCCGGCGGCUCCAGCAGCAGCAACAGCAGCAGCAGCAGCAGCAGCAGCAGCAGAAGGAGAAGCCAAAGGCAGCCCGAGGUCAGAAGCAGAGGAGGCCCCCAAACCCUCGGUCACACUGCGUCUGCUGCAGCGGCGGGCUGAGAAAAGGGGCAAAGUGCAGCUGCGGCCGCUGACAGUGCCUGUGGACAGUCCCUUGCUGCUGCUGGCGCAGCAGCAGCGGCAGCAGCAGCAGCAGCAGCAGCAGCAGCAACAGCAGCAGCAAGCGAGAAUCGAAAAGUAUGUCCUAGAAAGCGUCAUGGGAGAAGGAGCAGCAGAAAAAACGCAUGCAGCAAAACCUGCAAACCCUAAAACUAUACCUGGCCUAGCAGCAGCUCCAGACACCAAAAAGGGCCCCCAGGGGGCCCCCAAGGGGGGCCCCCAGGGAGGCCCCCAGGGGGGCCCCCAGGGGGGCCCCCAGGGGGGCCCCCAGGGGGGCCCCCAGGGGGGCCCUCAAGGGGGCCCCCAGGGGGGCCCCCAGGGUAAGAAGAAGGGGGAAGGGGCCAUGGGCGGCAAGGCUGUGCUGCUGCUGCUGCUGCUGCUGCUGCUGCUGCUGCUGCAGACGCCAAUCGACAGCCAGGCUGCGUCUUUCGCCACGCAGCAGCAGCAGCAGCAGCAGCAGCAGCAGCAGCAGCAGCAAAGUGCUUCCCCGCUGAAAAUGACCAAGACGGCACUCGUUGUGCUCGCCAAUGGGGCAGAGGAUGUGGAGUUUGUGGCCUCGGUCGACGUCCUGCGUCGUGCUGGGAUGAAGGUGUUGGUGGCGAGUCUGGGAGACUGUUUGUUUGUGAAGACUUCUCACGGAUUGAAAAUCGAAGGAGACAUUUUGUUGAAGGAGGUUUCUGAACAAAACAACUACGACGUCAUAGUCUUUCCCGGCGGGCUGAAGGGGGCGGAGAACUGCCGGGACAGCAGCCACCUUGCUGCGCUGCUGCGGGCGCAGCACAGCAGCAGCAAAUGGAUAGCAGCAAUUUGUGCUGCUCCAGCUUUGGUGCUGCAGCAGCAAAACUUUCUGGAGAAUGUCCGCGCAGUGGCUUAUCCCUCCUUCCAGCAGCAGCUGCCGCUCAAGGGCGAAGGCAGGGUUUGCGUCGACAAGCACUUCAUGGCUUAUCCCUCCUUCCAGCAGCAGCUGCCGCUGAAGGGCGAAGGCAGGGUUUGCGUCGACAAGCACUUCA